UAGCUCAGUUGGGAGAGCGUCAGACUGAAGAUCUGAAGGUCACGUGUUCGAUCCACGUUCACCGCAAUUAUUUUUUUCGUUUUUUCCAUUGUGAUGGGUGUAGUUUUCCAAUUAUGCCGCAUGCCAGCGCCGAUGCCUUUGACUCAGUUGCAUCACUCCAUUGCAAGCUUUUCAAAUUCGAAGCUCACAAAAUUCGACCCUCCACAGCUUCAAUGCCCCUCUCUCCACCCACCCGCCGUCUACUCUAUCUCCUUCAGACCUGCAAAUCCAUGGACCAGCUUCAGCAAAUUCACUGCCAAGCAAUUAAAACAGGUCUCCAUGCCAACCCAGUUCUCCAAAACGGAGUUAUGACCUUCUGUUGUACGCAUGAACAUGGUGACUUGAAAUAUGCACAUCACCUGUUUGAUGAAAUUCCUGAACCGAAUGUGUUUCUCUGGAACACCAUGAUCAGAGGCUACUCCCGGCUGGAUUCUCCCGAGCUCGGAGUUUCUCUGUAUUUGGAAAUGUUGAGGAGGGAUGUUAAGCCUGAUGGUUACACCUUCCCGUUCCUGUUCAAGGGAUUUACAAGAGACAUUGCAUUAGAAUAUGGAAAAGAGUUUCAUGGCCACGUUCUGAAGCAUGGGCUUCAGUCCAAUGUGUUUGUUCAGACUGCUUUAGUGCAAAUGUACCUCUUGUGUGGCCUUGUUGAUAUGGCUCGUGGGGUUCUGGAUUCUUGCUCUAAAGCUGAUGUGAUCACUUGGAAUAUGAUGAUCUCUGCCUACAACAAAGAUGGGAAGUUUGAGGAAUCAAGAAAACUUUUUCUUGGUAUGCAGGAAAAGCAAGUGCUGCCCACCACGGUGACCCUUGUAUUAAUCCUGUCAGCUUGCUCCAAAUUGAAGGAUUUAAAAACUGGGAAGCUGGUUCAUAGAUAUGUCAACAACUGCCAGGUUGAGUGCAGUUUGAUUCUUGAAAAUGCUCUGAUUGAUAUGUAUGCUGCUUGUGGGGAAAUGGAUGCUGCCCUUGGGAUUUUCAGGAAUAUGAGUAAUAGAGAUAUCAUAUCUUGGACUAGCGUCGUAGCCGGGUUUACCAACUUGGGAGAAAUUGAUGUUGCUCGGAAUUAUUUCGACAAGAUGCCUGAGAAAGAUUACGUUUCAUGGACUGCCAUGAUCAAUGGAUACCUCCACGUGAACAGAUUCAAAGAAGCAUUGGAGCUAUUCCGCAAUAUGCAAGUAACAAAUGUGCAGCCUGAUGAGUUCACUAUGGUUAGUAUUCUGAAUGCUUGUGCACAUCUGGGAGCCCUUGAGUUAGGAGAAUGGAUAAAGACUUAUAUCGACCGAAACAAGAUCAACAACGAUGCAUUUGUUAGAAAUGCUUUAAUAGACAUGUACUUCAAGUGUGGAAAUGUUGACAAAGCACAAAGGGUAUUCAAAGAAAUGAACCAGAGAGACAAGUUUACAUGGACAGCCAUGAUAGUUGGCCUUGCAGUUAAUGGGCAUGGUGAGAAAGCUCUGGAUAUGUUUUCUAAAAUGCUAAAAGCUUCAAUUUGGCCAGAUGAGGUUACUUACAUUGGCGUUCUUUCUGCCUGUACUCACACCGGCAUGGUAGAUGAAGGACGAGAGUUUUUUCGUAGCAUGACAACCCAACAUAACAUUGAACCCAAUAUAGCACACUAUGGUUGUCUGGUUGAUCUUCUUGCCCGAGCUGGUCGUCUAAAAGAAGCCCAUCAAGUUGUAGAGAAUAUGCCAAUGAAACCCAAUUCAAUAGUUUGGGGAGCUCUUCUAGCUGGUUGUAGAGUUCAUAAGGAAGCUGAUAUGGCUGAAAUGGCUGCAAACCAGAUUCUCCAGUUGGAGCCUGAGAACGGUGCUGCCUAUGUUCUCCUGUGUAAUAUAUAUGCAGCUUGCAAGAGAUGGAAUGACUUGCGAGAGUUAAGACAGACAAUGAUGGAUAAAGGAAUCAAGAAAACACCUGGUUGCAGUUUGAUAGAGAUGAAUGGAACGGUUCACGAGUUCGUAGCUGGGGACAGAUCACACCCUCAAACAAAGGAAAUUUAUGUUAAGCUAGAAAAAAUGACCCAAGACCUGAAAUUAGCAGGGUAUUCACCUGAUAUCUCAGAAGUGUUCCUUGACAUUGCAGAAGAGGAUAAAGAGAAUGCAGUUUUUCGUCAUAGUGAGAAGUUGGCCAUUGCUUUUGGACUCGUUAAUUCACAACCGGGGUUCACAAUUAGAAUUGUGAAAAACCUUAGAAUGUGCAUGGAUUGUCACAGUAUGGCAAAGUUGGUCUCAGAGGUGUAUACUAGAGAAGUAAUUGUUAGGGACAGGACUAGAUUCCACCAUUUCAAACAUGGUCUAUGUUCGUGUAAAGAUUACUGGUGAAAUGGUUGAAUUCUUUAAA